AUGGUCUUUCGGCAUCUUAAUGAGCAAUAUUCUGCCCUCAGUGUUGACGUAUGCGGCACAGAGGAUGGUUCGCCGGCUGCUUGGAUACGGGUAAACCACACCGGGGAGGUUACUUUUUUCAAUAAGAACGGAAACAGCUCGACCUGCGUACUCAACCAGGGACUUAAGGCUGGUAGCUGGUGUACUGCAAAUGAAUCAGAAGUAUUCACAACGAAGUUCUUCUCAUCUUCCGCAUUGUCGACUGCAGAUUCUAUCACCAAUACGUCACUGUCCGCCACUGCCACUCCAUCUACUGCCACUCCAUCUACUGCCACUCCAUCUACUGCCACUCCAUCUAUUGCCACUCCAUCUACUGCCACUCCAUCUACUGCCACUCCAUCUACUGCCACUCCAUCUACUGCCACUCCAUCUACUGCCACUCCAUCUACUGCCACUCCAUCUACUGCCACUCCAUCUACUGCCACUCCAUCUACUGCCACUACCCAAAAUGAACUUAACACUGUUCUUUGUCAUGUUAUAGUGUAUCCAUCAUCUACCAUGACCACUAGCUGUUCAUCUCUAUAA